AUGAGCAUGGUGCUUGGAUACUGGCUAGGAUACAGCUCUGAGAAGGCAUGCGGUUGUUGGGAGCUCCUCAUGUUACAAUCAAGUGCAAAGAUCCUGAUCCCCAAGAAGAGGAUUCUGAUCUUCAUGCCCCUGCUCUUGGUCGCAUGCAGUGCGGCUCGUGCUAAGAGGAUCACGUCUUCAUCACUGCGACUUCGUGGAGGACAGCCUGUGGCUCUUUCCGAGAACAUCCAGGAGGUGAAUCUGGAGAGUGAAGCGAGCUCGACCACGGCCAGGAAAAGAUCUUAUCUGGCGCAAGUGAGGGUUCUCGAACCCAGUCAACCAGGGAGUGACACAGAGUCAGACACAGACCAAGAGACGGCGAAGAGGAAGAGGAUGUGCAUCGGCAUGAAUAAAGUCCUUGAGGACCACAUGGAUGAGGAGCGCGGCGGGGGGGGUGCGGAUUCUUUUUCCAGCGGUGCUGGGCACGAGCAUGCAGACGACAAUGCUGCGUGCCCAUCGCAUGUCGUCGACCAUGCAGCAUCUGUUGAGUCCACGAUCAGAAAGAAGAAGAGGUGCCUCAAGGUAGGAAGGGAGGCGAUGCGAAGGGAGGAAAGCAAGGGUUCCUUGAGACGAGCAGAAUCGGUCAGCAGCAGCGUUCGCGACGAGUCGCCGGGGAGGAGCUCGAUGGACAGCCAAGACAACCUGGAAGACAGAGAGACUAAGGGCAAUGAGAGUGCACGGAGGAAGAGGAGGCAGCUAGCAGGUAUUCAAGAAGCCCUGCUUGAGGAAGAGAGGGAGGCGAGGCAAGAGGAAGGGGCAGGGGGCCCAGAGUGCAACACUGUACGGAAGAAGAGGAUGCAGACGCGCAGAGUGAGGGAGGCGAUGGACCAGGAAGGAGAGCAGGACAGGAACGACCUGCAGAUGCUGCUUGACUCCUCCCUCUCUACUCCUCAGAAGCCUGAGCGGCUCCCCCCACCAGGUGGCAGGACCAUGAUGAAUCGGUUUGUGUCCUCGCCCUUUCGCUUCUUCUCAAGCAUCGUGAACUCCCUGUCGCCGGUAUCGUUUGGCAAGUCUCGCCAACCAGCCAGCAGGCAGGAGAGGCCCAAGGAGGGAGCUCUCUCCAUGUCCUCAAGGAACGGGACGAGGGCGAAGCUUUCCGUGACCUCGCUCGCUCCCUCCGCUGCCCUGCCGCUGUCUGACCUGGUCCGGAGCGGCGGACUUACUGCAACAUGGACCGACAGCAGUCUGAGGAUGGCCGGAGUCGGCAGGUGCAAGCACGUGUACAACGAGGCGAUGCUGGGGCAGGACGGCGUGAUCCUGAUACCAGAGCAGGCCAAGUCCAUGGAGGAGGCUAUCACGUCGAACCCGCAGAGCUCACACCACGUCUUGGAGAUUUUGCACAACCAGAGCCUGUGCCUUGUUUGUAUAAGUGAACUUGCCCACUACCCUCCGGGCCAGUGGAGGCUGCAUGAAGGGUCCAACGGCUCCUUUCACAACUGCGACUUGAGGAGUUCGGCAGCGAGCUGGGAGGACAGCCUUGUGCAGGUGCAUGGAGGGGUCUGGACGUUCAACCAAAGCAGCAUCCGCUGCAAGGGAGGGACGAGCCUAAGCUUGCAUGGCCUGGCAGAAGCGCGUGCGUACAACUCGACCUUGGGGGGAUUCUCAACCAAAGAUACGGACACUUGUUUCUCGGCUGCCUCCGUCAGCGAAAGCUCCUUCUUCUCGUGCUCGCGAUGUGUCCUUCACUUUGCAUCUCGAACUGGAGCGGCGCUGAUCGUCUCCGGCUACGGCUUCGCCCGAUGCUCCAACAGCUCCCUCUCCCACUCCCACGAGGCCAUCCGGAUGGACGGCAACUCGAAGGCUAUCGUCAGCGACUCCGUCCUCCUCGACAACCGCCGGAGCUUCACCGUUACCACUCCCGGCCGCCUUCACCUUGUCAACGACGUCGUGAACUUUGACAGGAGGAGCGUCAGGCUGGGAGGGUGCAUCACUCAAGACAGGAGCACCUUCUUUACGUGA